UCGCACUUUAUAUGUACGCACGCACCCUGUCAAAAGUCAAAAUUUGCUUAGCAAUCCAACACUGUCAAUCCAGCACUCCCAUGGCCCUCGCAAACACCGCCUUCUUCUCCUCGUCCUUUGCCCUCUGUCGAUCUAGGGUUUCUGGUCCCGGUAUCGUUCCACAGCUCUCUCCGUGCGAGCCACUCACAGUUUUACCGGUUCGCUACAAGUGCUCAGAACCUGCACUCGCUUUCUUGAGAAAGAAGAAUAUUUUGCAUGCAUCUACCGAUGGUUUGAAUGCAGUUGAUUCAACCUCAUCGAAGUUUGAUCGAGAUGCUGAUUAUGUCCCUAUGCCAAUAGUUCUAAUAGAUCAAGAUUCAGAUUCUGAUGCAACAAUUGUACAGCUCAGCUUUGGAGAUCGCUUGGGAGCUCUCAUUGACACGAUGAAAGCAUUGAAAGAUUUGGGACUGGAUGUGUCAAAGGGAACUGUUGCGACUGAGGGGUCAGUCAAACAAACAAAAUUUUUCAUCACACGAUUAGACACAGGACGAAAAGUCGAAGAUCCUGAUAUGUUGGAGAGAAUUCGACUGACCAUCAUUAACAAUCUUUUGAAGUAUCAUCCAGAAUCUAGUGCCCAACUUGCUAUGGGUGAGGCUUUUGGAAUAAAAGCACCAGAGAAGAAGCUUGAUGUUGAUAUUGCAACUCAUGUACAAGUGAAGGAAGAUGGACCCAAGAGGAGUUUACUUUAUAUAGAGACAGCAGAUAGACCUGGAUUACUGGUAGAAAUCAUCAAAGUUAUUGCUGAUAUUAACAUUGAUGUGGAAUCAGCUGAAAUUGAUACAGAAGGACUGGUAGCCAAAGAUAAGUUUCAUGUCAGCUACAGAGGGGCAGCGUUAAACACCUCCUUGUCUCAGGUCUUGGUGAAUUGUCUACGCUAUUAUCUCCGAAGGCCAGAAACUGAUAUAGAUAGUUACUAAUAACCGGAAAUACCACUUUCGUGUCUGUAAACCCAGUGUAACUCUUCUUGUAUCAAAUCAUAUCCUUGAGCUGUAAAAUUCCCCAAAAAAGUCAGACGCGAUGGUUCUUUACUCGCAUUCCGUAAGGCUUUUUUAACGGAUGCCAGUGUCUCCCUUCUCGUUACCUGGGAAAUGACUGAUAUAAAUAAUAAAAUGCAAUAUGAAAACCAGCUACUUUUGGAC